AUGUCGCUCGCAAGCAAGACCCCCGAUGUCGAGAAGAGCAGCACCGAGAAGGGCAUGACCGGCUCAGAUACCGAAAUUGGUUAUGUCGACGACGGCAAUGCCGUUCAUCAGGAGGCCUUCACCGCAGGCGAUUCCACCUAUGCCAAACUCCAAAGAUUGGCCGGUAAAUUCGGUGUGGAGCAGCGCGGCAUCGAGCGUGUCCCCAGCGACGAGAGAACGGAUAGGAGCAUGAGUAAGAUCGGGACCCUCUGGCUGUCGGCCAACAUGGUCGUAUCGAGUUUUGCUAUCGGUGCUCUCGCACUCCCCGUCUUCAGCCUCGGAUAUGUCGACACGGCAUUGACCAUUGUCUUCUUCAACCUGCUCGGCAUCCUUCCCGUGUGCUUCUUCUCGACCUUCGGGCCGAAAUUUGGGUUGAGGCAGAUGGUGUUGUCCCGGUUUUUCUUUGGCUUCAACGGCGUCAAGGUCGUUGCUGUCUUCAAUGUCCUCGCCUGCAUCGGCUGGUCCUCGGCCAAUACCAUUGUCGGCAGCCAGCUACUGCAUGCCGUCAACGGCGACAUGCCUGGCUGGGCCGGCAUUCUCGUCAUCGCUGUUUCCACGCUUUUGGUCUGUACUUUUGGGUACAAGAUCGUCCAUCACUAUGAGCGUUGGUCUUGGAUUCCUUGCUUUAUAAUUUUCUUGAUUGUUGCGGGGGAGUUUGGACGCUCCGGACAGUUCAACAACUUGCUGCCUCUCGCUUCUGGGCCUUCUGAGGCAGGGAGUGUUCUGUCGUUUGCGGCAUCGGUGUUUGGUUUCGCUACUGGAUGGUGCUCUUGCGCGGCAGACUACACAGUCUACCAACCCGUCGACCGAAGCCGCAAGUCCGUCUUCCUCUGGACCUUCGGCGGCCUCUUCGUCCCCCUCUGCUUCACCGAGCUCCUCGGCGCCGCCGUCAUGACAGCCGCCAGCACCAACCAAACCUACCUAGAUGCCUACGAAAGCUCAGGCAUCGGCGGCAUACUAGCCACCAUCCUCGUCCCGCGCCUAGGCCGCUUUGGCGAGUUCUGCGUCGUCGUCCUCGCCCUCUCCAUCAUCGCCAACAACUGCCCCAACAUUUACUCUGUGUCGCUUUCGCUUCAGGUCCUGAGCGAGAAGUCUCAGCACGUCCCUCGCUUCAUCUGGACCUUCGUCGCGACUUGUGUUUAUGUUGCUAUCGCCAUUCCUGGGUACGAAAACUUCGAGAGCUACCUCGAGAAUUUCAUGUCGAUCAUCGCGUACUGGCUGGCCAUCUAUGAGGCCAUCAGCUUGGCGGAACAUAUCAUCUUCCGCCGCGGGUUUGGAGGCUACAGGCCCGAGGAUUAUAUGGAUGCCAGUAAACUGCCCCCUGGGUUCGUGGCCAUCACGGCCUUCUGCUUUGGAGUUAUGGGGGCGGUGCUUGGCAUGGCGCAGGUGUGGUUCGUAGGCCCGAUUGGACAGCUUUGUGGAGGCGAAUUUGGCGGCGAUGUUGGGUUUGAGCUGGCGUUUGCGUUUGCCGGGAUUUCAUACGUCGUCCUUAGGAGUAUGGAGAAGAGUUAUUUCAAAAGGUGA